CCCGAAAAAGGCUGGGGAAGCUCCAGCUCCGGAUUGCGCUCACGCGCUUGAAGUGUGAAAGGCUGGCUCUCGGUCUCUCUCGCUUAUUGAGAAAUCGACCCUUCUGUUUUCCGGGAUACUGGGAUGUAAGCUCCUCCGUGUGAGAAAUCUUCGCCUUUCUUCUCUCCCCCUCCUUUUGCAGAGCAGCUGCUCUUCCUGUUACUCCCGGUGGACGGAAGAGAGAGGAGGAUAGGGUGGGGAUUUCUUUUUUUUUUUCUCCCUUGUAAAUUCAAUGGAUAUGAACUUGGGGGCUUUGGAACCUCGCUGGUUUGGAAUAUCGAGGUGCUGAGACCGCCUUCUGGAGCGACUGAAGCAAGUUCACUGGGGAGAAGGGUUUGUCGAGGAGCAAGAUGCCUCUGGCUACCUUCUACUUCGUGUUGCCCUUAAUGGAAGUACUCUUCUCUGCUGAAGUGAGUGGGCUGCUCGGAGGAGACCAUCUGGAUUGUGUGAAAGCCAGCGACCAGUGUCUCAGGGAGCAGGGCUGCAGCACUAAAUACAGGACACUGAGGCAGUGUGUAGCUGGCAAAGAGAGCAACUUCAGCCGGGCAGCAGGCCUGGAGGCGAAGGACGAGUGCAAAAGCGCCAUGGAGGCUCUCAAGCAGAAAUCCCUCUAUAAUUGCCGCUGCAAAAGAGGCAUGAAAAAGGAGAAAAACUGCCUGCGUAUUUACUGGAGCAUGUACCAAAGCUUACAGGGAAAUGAUUUGCUUGAAGAAUCACCCUAUGAACCAGUGAACAGCAGGUUAACGGACAUAUUCAGGCUAGCACCAAUUGUAUCAGUGGAGCCUGUCAUUUCAAAAGGGAACAACUGUUUGGACGCUGCAAAAGCCUGUAACCUAGAUGAUACCUGCAAGAAAUUUCGAUCGGCAUACAUAACACCCUGUACCUACAGUGUGUCUAAUGAAAUCUGCAAUAAACGGAAGUGUCACAAGGCCCUAAGGCAGUUUUUUGACAAAGUUCCCCCCAAGCAUAGUUAUGGGAUGCUCUUCUGUUCCUGCCGAGAUAUUGCAUGUACAGAAAGAAGACGGCAGACUAUUGUUCCUGCGUGUUCAUACGAGGACAGGGAGAAACCAAACUGCCUGAAUUUACAAGAUACUUGCAAGACGAAUUACAUCUGCAGAUCUCGCCUUGCAGAUUUUUUCACAAACUGCCAGCCUGAGUCACGGUCUGUUAGUAGCUGCCUGAAAGAGAACUAUGCUGACUGCCUCCUUGCUUACUCAGGGCUUAUUGGCACAGUUAUGACACCAAAUUAUUUGAACUAUAAUAAUCUCAGCGUUGCGCCAUGGUGUGAUUGCAGCAACAGCGGUAAUGACCUAGAAGAAUGUCUGAAAUUUCUGAAUUUCUUCCAGGAUAAUUCAUGCCUUAAAAAUGCAAUUCAGGCUUUUGGCAAUGGUACAGAUGUGAACGUGUGGCAACCAUUCCUACCUGUGCAAACUACCACAGCUUUAACUACAACAGCAGACAGAUCAAAGACAUACGACUCUGAGAAUGCCAACAAUGAAAUACCUACUAAUAAUGACUUACCAGCAUGUGCCAACAUCAAGGGACCGAAGCAGAGUUUCAAUGAAUCUGUAAUAACAGAGCCCUGUGUGACUGGGAAUGCAAUUGGGAAGGAAAGUGUGGCAGGAGGUUCUACUAGUCACAUCUCUUCCGAUCAUUCGUCUUCUCUUCGUGUAGGCAUCAGGUCAAGCACGCUUCUGCUGCUGAUGGCAGUUGCAUUCUCAUUCUGCUGGUGCCCUCGUUCAGAAGGAACCUUGUAUCUGCUUUAACAAAAGGACCCAUAAAAAGAAAGGAAAGGAAAAGAAAAAAAAAGAAAUUGAUCUGUCUGUCCUCUAUCCUCCUCUGUUGUUGAUCUAAAUUUAUAGUUCUAGGAAUUAAGUUGAAACACUCUGCUAAAAAAUAGGUCUGGAUCAAUGUUGUUGUCAUUGUCAUCAUAUUAUAUUGUUAUUAUUAUUUUCUUUUUUCAAGGAAAGGUUCUUAGAAGCUCUGCAUAUACUAGAUGCGAUACCCACAUUCCAAACAGGGAAGGCUUUUGAACAGGCAGUGUUUGAAAAGAGAUGAAUAAUUUGCAUGUAAAUCAUCCAGGUUUUAUUCUUUUCUCUCUUCCUCAUUUUCUUUUCCCUUGUUGCUUUAAAUUGGACCAAGAAGAAAGAAGCCAGACUCUUAAAGUUCUUUGUAUUUGUAUUUGUUACCCAGGAAGUUCUCCUUUGCGAAGCCCAUUGUAAUGAAUGGGAACUACUGUACACCAUCAUAUGGUGCUUGUAGAUAGGUUUCAGGUAUUUCAGUGUUACUCAGAUAGAAUCUGGGGACAAAACACGGUUUCCAGUUAGAAAUAUUGCCAGAAUGGUUAAUAGUUUAAUGGUCUGUUUAUUCCUGACAGGUUGGGACCCAGUUUAGAAAUGUUUGAAAUGUAUGUGUAGAAAGCCUGGGUUCUUUACAAGAUUUUUCUGCUCCCUUGGUAGAUAAGAGGCUGUAAAGCAGGCAAAGAAAACCCUGCAUAAAUUACCUCUUGGUAGAUUUGGGCCUUUUUAAAUUGGAAAAUAAUAAGUUAAAUGUCUUUUGAGAUGAUUGUGGAUCAGGCUAUGGACAGAUGACGAAUGUCUUCCUGAGAGUUUUUUUUUUUUUAAUUUAACUUAUUCAUGUUUGGCUAUCAGUAUUUUGCUGUUUUAGCAUUCUCUUCCAUGUUUGUAUAUGUAUGUAGUUUUGCAGUCUACAAUGAGAAGCCAUUGUAAAUCAUAUAGCAGUAUAAUACACAUAUUUUCUUCAAAACUUCUGCAGAAAUAUAAAGUGAUAUUAAACUUUCUAAUGCUAUUUUUAUUUUUGUGGUUAUGCUAAUUUAGCCUUAAUGAAAAAUAUUAAAAAACUACAUUAACAAGAAACAACUGUUGUGAAUAUUGCAGUAACCCAAAAUUUGUUUAUCUUUCUGAGGAUAUAUUUUUUAAAAAUAGAAACUUGCUUUUGUUAAAGAAUUUCAACUUCAGCAUUGUUGAUCUUCUUUCUAUAAUUAUAAAGUUUAGUUAUUUUACUGUUGAUUGAAUAAAAAGUAUUGAAUCUU